AUGGGCAAGAAGGCUGUUCACUUCGGCGCUGGCAACAUUGGCCGUGGCUUUGUCGCCUGCUUCCUCCACAACUCGGGCUAUGACGUCGUUUUCGCUGAUGUCGUCCAACCUCUUGUGGACUCCAUCAACGCGAACUCCUCCUACAAGGUCAUUGAGGUCGGCACCGAGGGCACCGAGGAGCUUACUAUUUCCGGCUACCGCGCCAUCAACUCUCGUACCAACGAGGACGAGCUCAUCAAUGAGAUCGCCACUGCCGAUGUUGUGACCUGCUCCGUUGGCCCCACUAUCCUCAAGUUCAUCGCUCCCCCCAUUGCCAAGGGUAUCGACAAGCGAUCGGCUGACCUUCCCCCGCUUGCUGUCAUUGCCUGCGAGAACGCCAUCGGUGCCACCGACACCCUCGCUGGAUUCAUCAAGGACCCCUCCAAUACCCCUGCCGAUCGCCUCGCCGACCAUGACAAGCGUGCCCGCUAUGCCAACUCGGCUAUUGACCGUAUUGUGCCUGCGCAGGACCCCAACUCCGGCCUUGACGUGAAGCUCGAGAAGUUCUACGAGUGGGUUGUCGACAAGACUCCCUUCCAGGAGCAUGGCGUCCCCACCAUUGAGGGAAUCCACUGGGUUGAAAACCUUGAGCCCUAUAUCGAGCGCAAGCUCUACACCGUCAACACUGGCCACGCCACGGCCGCCUACCACGGCUACGCUCUCAAGAAGCGCACUAUUGAUGAGGCCCUUCAGGACGAGUUCAUCCUUGGCCAGGUUCGCAAGGCUCUCGAGGAGACCACCGAUCUCAUCGUCACCAAGCACGGAAUCGCCCUCGAGGCCCAGAAGGCGUACGCCGAGAAGAUCAUUAACCGUAUCAGCAACCCCCACCUUGCCGAUGCCGUCGAGCGUGUUGGUCGUGCUCCUCUGAGGAAGCUCAGCCGCAAGGAGCGCUUCAUCGGCCCCGCCUCUCAGCUUGCCGAGCUUGACAAGGAUGUCUCCGCGCUCGUUGAUGCUGCCGAGCAAGCCUUCCGAUUCCAGAAUGUUCCCGGAGAUGACGAGAGCGCCCAGCUCGCGACGAUCAUCGCCGAGAACUCCGCUGAUGAUAUCGUCAAGAAGGUCACCGGCCUCACAGAAUCUGAUAAGCUGUACCCCAAGAUCCUCGAGGUCGUCAAGAAGGUCAAGGGAGAGUAA